GGCGGAGUAUGCCGAUGACGAGAAGGAAGCUGCUGUACAGAUACCUCAAGCGGUGCGCUUAUUCUUUCGGAAUCCCUGCUGUGAUCGUCGUCGUGAUCUUGAUUCUGGAAUACGUGCCAGGUUUGCCAGAUUCAUUCGCCAAAUAUCCGAUUGACCCGGAGAAACGUUGCUGGUUUCGGAGGCUUGAUUCAGUGGGGAAAUCCAUCUGCCGAACCUAG